AUGGAUGCAGCGUCGCUGGGCGUCCGAGGCGUCCCCAGCGGCAUUCCCGCUUGGGACCGCGCGGUAUCCACGCUACAUACACUGCUCAAGCCUGGCAUGCACGUCGCGCACGUCAGCCCCCUCGUCGCAUGCACACCCCGCCUGCUCUUUUCGAGUGUAGUGCGCCAGUGGGGCGGAAAAGAAGCUUGCGCCGACCUCGGCGCAUUUCUACUCACGAUCAAAAAGCUCGCGGCGCGCAACAAGCUCAUUCUGGUCGUCCACGACGCGGAGCGCACACGCGAUGUGUGGCCCGAGUCUGUGUGGGAGAUGCUGCCUCUUCUUGCCGAGCUUGCCGAGCUGCAAGGGCGCCUCGUCGUGGUCUUUCGCUCGACGCUGCCCUGGGCCGAUUUUCGCGACACGUCCGGACGCACAAUCUCUGCAGCACCGAUCUCGCUUUAUAUCCCCCGCCUGCCCCGCGACGACGUACUUACGCUCCUUGCUAGCGACGUCGACGCGUGCGACGCAGCGUUUGCCGAGGCGUAUCCAAAUACCCCCUUGCCCGAUGCGAAAGCACUCAGGACACUGCACAAACACUAUGCGGCGCUUCUGUACGACUCGAUCAAAGGCGCGGUGCGCGACGAGCACGAGAUUCGCACGAUUGCAGCGGCCAUUUGGCGCGUGCUCCUCGUCACCGUGUACGAGAAACAGACGACGAACCUUGCCGCGCUCAUGCCGAGCAUUUCCGAGCUGAUUCGCGACGCGCUGCACCAGCUCGUGCCCCGCACCGUCGGCCCGACGCAGUGGAUCGAGGAAAAGGAAAAGAAGGCACGCGCGCCGGCUACUACCGCGCCUGCGCUGCCUUUUCCGUGGCCGGGGCGCACAGGCUUCCCGGCCAUGUCGGCCUUUCUCCUCAUCUCUGCGUUCCUUGCGUCGUACAACCCGACCAAGACCGAUGUCAAGUACUUUGUACGCGAGCUCGGCAACUCGCGCAAGCGCAAGCGCCGCGGAAAAGGGCAGGCCGCCGCCGACGCGGCGCUGCUCGAGGACGAAGGCGAAAAAGAGAUCUGGAAUCGGCCGCAGUUCUGGGGGCCGCGCACCUUUACGCUCGAGCGCUUGCUCGCAAUCUACCACGCACUGCUCGCCGACUUUGAGCAGGAUCUGAACGAGGACGCACUGCUCGCCGCCAACGACCGCGCCUCGCGCACGCACGACAACCCCCACGAGCUGCAUCUCGAGCACGUCGCCGGCGAGUUUUGGAGCCGCUCGGCGACGGCGCUCGCACAGAUCAACGAGCUCGUCGCGCAAAAGCUGCUUGUGCGCAUGUCGCCCGCCGGCAAGCUCGGCUCGAUGCAGUACCGCGUCAACAUGCCCUAUACCCAACUCAAAGCCCUCGCGCACUCGGUCGGCUUCCCGCUCGAUGUGUGGCUGUGGGACCGCUAUACCUAA